UACAGGAAGUGCUGAUGGCUGACUAUAUAUGGGAUUCGAACACUUUUAUGGCUUCGUUUUGCGCAAGUAUUGAAAGAGGUGCAAGCAAUCACCUAUAUUAAAUCAGUUUUGUAACUAUUUGCUGCUGUAAAUAAAAUUUAAAAUUUAUCGAUUUUUGUAGAUUGUUUGAUGGUACGUUGAAAAAAUUAAGGCUGGAAACUUAUGUCACUUAUGUGAUCAACGGAAUCGAACUCGUCCCAGUUAUGACUAGCCAGUGAGAAGUGAUUGUUUACAUUCGCUAUCUGUUAUAUAGAUUCUCAAUAAAUUAUUCCCCAAUGAUAACAGAGUACGACGUAGGCCUCUGUUCAUUGUUCUACUGCUUGUGUCUUGGAAGAAGAGUCUUCCCAUCGUCGUUUACAGCAACAUUACUCAUAAGUUCUGACUUGAACAAACGGACUUGUUCAAAGCCCAUUUCUCGCCUAUCCCUAGACGAACGUAGUGUCCUAGAGCCAGCCAGCUUAUGACGAAGUGCCUAAGUAUAUUUUAUAUCUGUUAGCUGUUUCAAUAUAAAAUAAACAUGAACGGCCUAAGCAUCCGCGACAUAUGCUGCUUAUUCUGCUGGCCACCUUGCCCAUCAAGUAUAGCCUCAAAGAUGGCUUUCAUUCCACCUGAACCAACUUACAGUUUCACUCCAGUGGCUGAAGGCAGCAGCAAAAUGUCUUUACAUCUCACUGAAAAAGCUGAAUGGCAGUUCACUGACAAAGAAAAGGAGUGCAUUGAAGUGUUCUACACUCGCACCAACAGAGGGAACACAAUCUCCUGCAUGUUUGUGAGGUGUUCUCCCACAGCUCGCUACUGCAUCCUCUUCUCGCACGGCAACGCUGCUGAUCUUGGGCAUAUGAGCAGCUUCUAUCUUAGUUUAGGCACUCGUAUUGACUGCAAUAUAUUCAGCUAUGAUUAUUCAGGCUAUGGAGUGAGCUCUGGGAAGCCCUCUGAGAAGAACCUCUACUCAGACAUCCAGGCAGCCUGGGAUGCCCUUAGAACUCGCUAUGGUGUCAGCCCCGAGAACAUCAUCCUCUACGGCCAGAGCAUUGGCACGGCAGCUACUGUGGACCUAGCGUCCCGGUACGAGGUGGGCGCUGUCAUCCUGCACUCUCCGCUGAUGUCGGGCAUCAGGGUGCUGUUCAAUACGAAGCGAACCUGGUUCUGUGAUGCCUUCCCCAGUAUCGAGAAGGUGGGCAAGAUCACGUCACCCGUGCUUGUCAUCCACGGCACGGAGGACAACGUCGUGGACUUCAGCCACGGCCUCGCCAUCCACGAGCGCUGCAAGCGGCCUGUUGAACCCCUGUGGGUUGAGGGCGCGGGCCACAACGACGUGGAGCUGUUCUCGCAGUACCUGGAGCGUCUGCGUCAGUUCGUCAACAGCGACCUGGGCAAUUGACGGUCACAGCCACCACCUCCACAGCACCACAGCAAGCCUCAGCACUGCUGUGGUGCUGCUGCUGCUAAUACCCUACAGCACCUCCUCUAUAACUCGGGACCACAGCAGCCGUGCAGUGAGGACCACAGCAAUAAAAAGUCUGGCGGUCCACAGACGUUGAACAGCAGCAAUGAAGGGGGUGGUGGCUCUAGCGCUACAGCUGUUUGUGGCAGCGCUACAGCUGUUUGUGGCAGCGCUACAGCUGUUUGUGGCAGCGCUACAGCUGUUUGUGGCAGCGC